AUGAGACUGGGGGUUGUGCGGGCCAAUACGAUUGUUUUAUAUCAUCAUCAGAAAUGAAUACAUUAACUAGUGCUUUAAUUUGUUAGAAAUUUCAAUAGGGUGUCUCCAGACAUGUGUCAGUAGAAGAAAACGUAUUAUUCUUCUUUAAUUCAUAGACAAUUUAUCGAUGAAAGAAGAACAUGUGUUCGAUUCGAGGUCCAACUACGGGUACAUGUCCGCAGCCUGGUGAGUGCGCUAAUAUAACAAAACACUAACUCUCGUUAUAAUCUGAUAAAUUGAGCCUUACUGGAGGAAAACUAAAGAGAGUGGUCGUAUUAGCCCGUAUGGCUUGGCUAUGAUAAUUGAUAAAGCGUUCUGAAUUAUUUCGUUAAAUUUUCGUCUCAGAUACAUGAAACAAGUGAAGAAAAUGUACGAGCUGAAGUUUUUCGUUUACUUUAUCGUCAGCUAUCUGGGCGAAGUGCUGUGUUUGUACCAAAUUAAUAAGAUCAAUUGGAUACCUGGCUACACAACCGCUUGUAUAGUCUUCAUUGAAAUGAUGUUUUACUGUUAUGUCGGCACACAACUAAGCAUUAUGGAUGACAAAAUGUGUCUCGAUCUUCAACAAACUGAUUGGUACUCAUUUGACUUGCACUCUCAGAAAAUGGUUCAGAAGAUGUUGCAUCUAUGUCAGCAGCCUAAUCAAAUAUCACUAAAACCUCUGGGAACAUUAAAUAUGGUCACAGGCAUUCAGAUUGUUAAAGGAAUCUACACAUACUACACUCUUCUAACGGAGCUAUUCUAGAGGUAGCAACGCAUUGAUGUUUUCUUGUUGAUUGUUCGUUGCUCCUUAUGAUU